UACAUAGCACAACGGAAGCAACCUGGCCAAAUGGAGGAUUCGAUAUCAGAUCUAGCCCGCGACUGGGAGCUACAAUACACAAUCCAACCGGGGUAUACUGUUCACACCAAGUAUAUUUCGGAUCCCGCCAGAGGCAUACGGCGGAGGGCAAUUGAGGAGAAAUGGGAGCGAGACGACGCCAAAGCCCUCGGCCGCGGCACAUUUGGCACCGUCUGGUUUGAGCGAUGCACUUCAGGUCCCAGCGCUGGCCAAGUUCGAGCCGUAAAGCAAAUCUAUAAGAACUUUGGUCCCAUGUCCGUCUCUACUAAGGCUCUGUCAGGGGAACUCUCAGCCAUCAUGAAAUUCUCUCACGAAUUGUACCGACAUUGCUUUGUUCAGUCAUUUGGGUGGUACGACAGUCAGGAUUAUCUCUAUAUCGCCAUGGAGUACCUCCCUCGUGGCGAUUUGUCGAGAUAUUUAGAAAAUCGUCUUCCAGAGGCCGAGGCUAGUUUGGUAAUUCUCCAGGUCCUGGAGGGAAUUGAAUUUAUGCACAGGAAUAAGUUUGCUCAUCGGGAUUUGAAACCAAAUGUCAGUUCGAAUAUUCUCGUUCAACACGCUGGCCCAAAUUGGUGGGUGAAGAUUUCCGACUUUGGGACGACUAAACAGAUCGAGACAACUGUCCUGCGCACAGGCGUAGGGACCGAGACAUAUCAGGCGCCCGAGGUCCGUGGACUCUUCACGACAGCUGACAUAGCGGACUACAGCGAACGGCUCUUCCCCCUUGCGGUGGACAUCUGGGGAGUUGGCGCCAUUGCCUUCAGAAUGACCACUGGGCGGAUGCUAUUCGGUGAUUCGCGAGACUUGUUUUCCUAUGUUGUCCAAGGUUCCGCGUUUCCCUUUGAAGAAUCUCUCAGUGCAGAAUGCAAUGCAUUUGUUAGCAGCGCGAUGAACGCCUCACCAAAACAACGACCAAGCGCGACCAAAGCUUUGACGCACCCGUGGCUCAAGCUAGCUUCCUCUAUCUCAGCAGAUUUACAUGAGGAACUGGUGACUCCGAUGGAAGAGGUCAAUCUGGGAGUCGAAGAUUCGACUGUCGAGGCCUCGGCAGAGUGGCCAACUAUGUCAAUCGGCGUCGAUGAGAAAACGGAGUCGGUUAUCAAAGCUUCGGGAACGUCCAGAUCUAGCACUACAAGUAUAGGCAAAAGUGCCAACAUAUCAGCCACUAGUUGGAUCAAUGUCCGAUCAGAGCCACCGAAUGAUGAAAAGACUCCCCCUGAUGACGGUUUUAAGCUUCAGCAGAAGGAAGCCGGCUCCUCUUCUUGUGCCACGACUGCACAGAAGACCUCCGAGAUUCCGAGGCUCUCGCGUGCCCAAGUUCUGAAGGUAGGCGAUAGACAGGACGGUACGAUAGUCUCCACCGCCUACAGCCCUGACGGGGAAGCUCUCGCCAUCUGUAUGGAACACGCGAUUCACAUCUAUACUGUGGGAGAAGAUGGGCAGUUCAACGAAAUGGAUAGCCUAAGAAAUCCCGAAUGGCAGCUCAUAGAAUGUAUGGCAGUGACUGACCGGCGAAUUGUUGCACUGACACGCAAUCUUCGCGGCGAUCGGUCACUUGAAGUGUGGCACAAGAAAGACGGAUAUUACGAAUCCGAACAGAAGCACCAAUUGCGGAUUGAUGACCUCUACUUGGAUGCAUGGGCCCUUUCGCAGGAUUCGACAACCCUCAUACUAGGCGGCCAUACAAUAAACCGCUUCCAUAGCAAACAUGAGUCUCAUAUACGCGCGUUUUACUUAUCCGAAAGAAACGAAUUGAAACGCCUGGCGUCGUUCAAGCUUGAAAACCGGGUUGGCUGGAUUGUAGUAUCUCCGGAUGGAGGACAGUUUACACAAUACAUUGACAACACCACUUCCAUGAUUUGGCAGCGUGUUGGCAGCAAUCCGUUUGUGCGUCACCAGAAGCUACCAUGGGAGGCGAUCAAUUUCUCGGCGGACGGCAGCCUAUUAGCAGCGAGGAGCCAGGAUGGGAAAUUUGUUAUCUUACGCAAGAGCAAGCUCGGGUCUUAUGCGGAAAUGCAGCAACUAUUCGAUCAGGAAUCGAUCGUGGCUGCGUUUUCACCUGAUGGAAGAUUCCUGGCAACAGUCCUCAAACAGCCGGACGUUGGGGUUGUCAUAUGGGAGACGAACAUGCACGGAAACGUGUUGUCCAAGAAAUGGACGUUGCUUGGUCAAACGAAUGUAUCAUCGGUUAGUUUCUCACCAGACGCACGACAACUAGUGACGGGAUCUUUUCAUGGCUUGGCAACAAUCUGGCGUCUCUGA